AUGACUGCUUGCAGUUGCUCUUUGACAAAAAGAAAUGCAACAUUGAACAGUUGUAACGAUAAUUUUGUUAGUGUGCUACGACAGAUCGAAAGUGAAACUCAAAGAGAUUUGAGGCGACAACAUUUGCUCGAUAAGCAUCUUCGUGCCUUAGCGCAAGAAUCUAAACGAUGUGAGAAUCCGCUGCAAUAUCAAUUAAUUCCACAGCGUUAUCGUAUGAAACACAAAGGUUAUGCAGUUUGUCGUCCGUGUGCGGAACAGUCACAUCACCAGUCCGUUCCGUUUUCCAUCAAUUUCAGUUCGAAUAAUUGUUUAUGGGAAAAUUCACCUGAACGUUCUGCAAGAGUCAUUGAUAAUGAUAAAUGUUAUCUUACGGUUGAAUUCGGUUGUUGUUUGGUACGGCUUACACGCUUGAUAUUCGCAUCCAUAAAAGCACUAAAAGAAUUAGAAUUUGUCUCCGGUAAUAUGUACCCGAUGUUAAACAAUGAUAUCACAUAUUUAAAUGGAUUAUAUCUACGAAUGAAAUCGAGCUAUACGCAAUAUCGCACUUUAAAAAUGAAACAAAUCACUUCGGACAACAAAGCAUCACCGCUAACUGUUGGAAAUGUUAAACUUUUUCAAAAGGCAGAGGAUGCUAAUGACGCAGUAAAUUGCAAUUUGCUUGAAGAUUGUACAGAUGAAGGGAAUAAACGACCGGUUGAGGAGUAUUCGCACAGAAUGUCAAAUAAAUCAUUAAGAAUCACAGUCUAUACUCGAACUCAUGUGCGAAUACGUGCAAUCAAUCUAGUAGCUGACCAGCCAAGAAAGGAAUCUCUCGGGACAGGAAUAAAUCAACAAGGAGGAGAUUUGGUCACAAAAUUGGAGGUUCAAUUUGACAAGAUUGCUGAAUCAAUAAAAGAGGAAUUAGCAGAAGUGAUGACACAUUGGAAUUAA